UUCCCAUUGUUUUCUUGUGUAUUUUUUUAUUGUGUUCUCCUAAUCUCUCUCUCUUCCCCACAAACAAGAGAGAGAAAAACUAAAAUAACACUCUCUUCCCUCUCCAUUUUAUUUUUCAAUAGAAAUUUUGAUGAUAAUAUUAUUACUAUUGCAUCCACAAAGGAGAGGAUCAAGAAAAUAUUGACUUGGACGAAAGGAUAUUUUUUUAUAACAUUCAAAAUAGAUUGGAAGUGAUCACUAGUUGGUAGAAUAUUAAAUUUAUUAAAAUUAAAAAGGGAAAAUCGAUUAGAAGAUAAAAUGAAUUCUCCUAUUUCCCCUGCAAGUGGAAAAUCGCCAGCAGCAAAAUCUCUGAUGGAUCAGAUGUUGGGACUUCUCAGAGUUCGGAUUAAGAGAGGAGUAAAUCUCGCCGUUCGUGAUGUCGUUACAAGCGAUCCUUACGUUGUUGUCAAAAUGGGUAAACAGAAGUUGAAGACUCGUGUUAUUAAGAAGGAUAUCAAUCCUGUAUGGAAUGAAGAUUUGACACUUUCUGUUGCCGAUCCAAAUAUUCCAAUCAAGCUGACAGUGUACGAUCACGACACAUUCAGCAUGGAUGACAAAAUGGGAGAUGCAGAGUUCGAUAUUAAACCAUUCAUGGAAGCAUUGAGGAUCAAACUAGAUGGCCUCCCAAGUGGUACAGUAAUUACAAGAGACCAACCGUGCAGAUCAAAUUGCCUGUCCGAAGAGAGUUGUGUGAUCUGGAAGGACGGUAAGGUGAUACAAGACAUGAUUUUGCGACUGAGAAAUGUUGAAAGUGGCGAGGUCGAACUCCAACUUCAAUGGAUCGACCUUCCAGGAGCGAAAGGUCUUUAGAGCGCGACAGUAUUGUGCACGUAACUUAUGAUCCCAGUUUUAGUUUCGAAUACUGAGUGAUAAUUUGAAGAAUCUACCUUCUUUUUCUCUGCCUAUCUAUGCAAGAUGUGUAGAUUGGCAUAUGUUUUUUUGUGAUUACAACAAUAAAGCGAAUGAUCCUUGUAUUUCAUUUCAGUGUUUGAACCCUCAGAAGAUAUACUACUGAGGUUUCAAAAUGCCCAACUGAUAAUUUGCUGUAUAAUAUAUAAUAACUACAUAUUGCGUUCAAAAUGAAAAGAGAAGUUAUGAGAAACUUUUAACA